CAUGAUUCACCGUACGCAUAACUCGAUGUGUACAGAAUGCAUACAUUUUACACUCAUUUUACUUCCUUGCUUGCUAUGUUGCUUUAUACCUUUAACGAAUGAUAUACGUUGUUUUUAAUCCAUACACGAUAGGUACUGUUACUGAUCAGACAAAGCACCAUUAGCGCAUACUCAUGUGCAUUCACACCAAACGUUGGUGUGUCUUCCGUUUCGUUGCUUUUGUACAUCCCUUUGUAUAUUUUGUUCUUUUCCAAUCAUUAUGGUUGCUAUUGGCAGACCAAAUUUUUAUUCAAUUACGACGUAAAAAUGAAACUAUGAUCUAUAUAUAGUAUCCUAUCAGUCAUGCGUCACGAUAUCGCCGCUAGGGCAACAAUAUUCGCAGUUUUCGAAACCCGCUUGAUGCUGCAUACAAAUGGCUGAUAAUGCAUUUUUAUUUUUUUGCAAAACAAACAAAAAAACAACAUUUAAAAGAUUCUCAACGUUUGCGUAGUAAGUGGUGACAGGCGGAAGAAAUAUGAUUAACCUUUGCCUUAGUUCGGUAGCAUUACAUCGAGCGGUUCAUGUAGCGUGUGCGCACAUUCGCUAGCAGCAGCAGGAUUCGUUCGAAUGAGGCCGAAGAAAUGCGGAAAAAGAUGGCUAGCAGGAUGCACAUUUUGAUAAGCUCUCACUAUGCAAAACCAGGUUAAAUCUUUUUGGCUUAUUCGCUAAUUCUAGUUCUACGGUAAAGUGGUGUCGUACAGAUGUAAGAGAAAGAGAGAGAGAAUGCACCGAGAUAUGAUCCAGCCGAUGAUUUAUAAUGCUUAAGUCCAAGACGAGCGGGAAAUAUCAUCUGGUUGCGAUCCUGUGGACACAUGUUGUACUACUACUAAUGCAAAACUUCGCGACAGGAUAAAGAUUCGUGGUACAUGCAUAUAUAUAUAUAUAUAUAUAUAUAUAUAUAUAUAUAUAUAUACAUAUAUAACUUUACGAAAUUGUGUGUAAGUUAAGUGCUUUGUUCUGGCGCACCAUAGAACAUCGACAUGGGAACAGCGCCGUUUAGUAAGCGAACGCCAACCAUUGUUGUCGGGAUAUAGAGACACAGAAACAGAGAAAGAGAGAGAGAGAGAGAGAGAGAGAGAGAGAGAGAGAGAGAGAGAGAGAGACAUAACAGCAAAGGCGGGGAGAUUGGAAGCAAAGUAAAUAGACUAUGAUUAAGGUAACUGAAAUUGAUGAGUUGCUCUUGUUUAAUUAAUCCCAGCUCGACCAGAGGACGUAACUGGAAUACAACGUCUACAUUCUGCUAAUUUGUUUUUGAUACUAGUCUUUGUUUAGUCUGCUUGCAAAUGAGGCAAAAUACCUCGCCACCAUUUCUUCAUUGCUCUAUGUAUGAUGUUCAUGGCAAAA